AUGAAUUACCUCAAUUAUAACAGAUAUGAACAAAAGUCGGAACAGAAUGCAAACACAAAUUUGGAUCAAGACCUAACUAAUUCAAGACAGCAAAAAUAUGCCAAAAGCGAGCCAGAGAUCAAGCAAUGGAUUUUCAAUGUUUUAUCAAUUCCUCAACUGACCAUUGAUGUGUAUGCAAGCCGUAGUCUAGAUCUUAUGGAUAUCUUAAGGGAUGGUGAAUUACUAUGUAAAUUAGGCAACCUCUUGGAAAUUUCAAACAAUCCUUGUUCUAAGUAUAAGAGUUCCAAAAUGCCGUUUAUGCAAAUGGAGAAUAUUUCGUUUUUUUUGAAAGCAUGUGAAAUCAUCGGAAUAUCCCAUGAUGAAAUCUUUCAAACUAUAGAUCUUUACGAACGUAAGGACCCCUAUCAAAUAAUAAUUACUUUAAUUUCAUUUUCAAGACGAGCAAAUGAAAUUAAUUCUACAAAAUUUCCUAAUGUAAUUGGGCCCAAAAUAGUCAAAGUAAAGCCAACUGUACCUAAGAAACCUAUCAAUCUUUCAACUAAACAACUGGUAUAG